AUGUGGCUGCUGUUUAUGUGCAGUCUCUUGCUGCAACUUACAGUCGCACAAUCUCAGUAUCUCAAUGACAAGACCAAAGUCAGCUUGAUUCUGGCUAACAAGACAGAAUUUGUUGUGAAUGGCUCCGGCCUCCCUUUUGUGAAUUUCGACAUUGGCGAGUCAUACGCAGGCUACCUACCUAAUACACCUUCUGGAAUCUCCAGUCUCUACUUUUGGUUCUUUCCAUCGUCCGAUCCAAAGGCGUCCGAUGAGAUCACUGUCUGGCUCAAUGGCGGACCAGGCUGCAGCUCUCUCGCAGGCAUCAUGCUCGAAAACGGCCCAUUUCUGUGGCAGCCUGGAACCUACCGACCGGUGCGCAACCCUUAUGCGUGGAACAAGCUCACCAACAUGGUGUAUAUCGACCAGCCUGCUGGAACAGGGUUCUCACUCGGCCCAUCGACUGUGGUAUCUGAAUCCGACGUCGCGAGACAAUUUAUCGACUUCUGGAAGCGGUUCGUAAACACCUUUGAUCUGCAGAAUCGGAAGAUCUACCUCACCGGGGAGAGCUAUGCGGGGCAGUACAUUCCAUAUAUCGCGUCGCAGAUGCUGGACCAGAAGAAUGAGACGUAUUUUCGGGUUGCGGGUGUGCAGAUCAACGAUCCGUACAUCAAUGAUCUGACUGUUUUGCAAGAUGUGCCCGCCCUCGCGACCGUCAACCAACACCGGUCUCUCUUCCCCUUCAACGACACCUUCAUGGCAGAGAUCACCACUCAAUCCCAAGACUGUGGCUACACUUCGCUUCUCAACGACGCGCUCACCUUUCCACCAAACUCUACCUUUCCCCGGGUCCCUUACAAUAGCAGCUGUGCCGUUUACUCCGCCAUCAUCAACGCUUCCACCGCUUUAAAUCCGUGCUUCAACCGCUACCACAUCACCGAAUCCUGCCCCUUCCCAUGGAAUCCCGUCGGAGGUCCUAUCGUCGGUCUCGGUCCGACCAAUUACUUUAACCGCAGCGACGUCCAGAAAGCCAUCAACGCAUAUCCAACGGACUAUUUCGUCUGCAAGAAGGGGAUCUUCCCGACGACCAACGGACUGGAUAUCUCCCCGCCUAGCUCUCUGGGGCCGCUGCCUUGCGUGAUCGAACAAACGAAUAACACGAUCAUCGCGCACGGCCUGCUGGACUUUGAGCUCCUGUCAAAAGGAUCCUUGAUCAGUAUCCAAAAUAUGACCUGGAACGGAAAGCAGGGGUUUGAGCGACAACCGGUGGAGCCGUUAUUCGUGCCGUAUGGUCAAUCAGGAGGAGGUGUACUGGGGACAGCGCAUACGGAGCGUGGAUUGACCUUUUCAGAGAAUCUAACUCCCGUUGGGUAUUGGAUACUGACAUGGAUAGAAAUACCCGAGUAUGCUCCCAGCGCGGCAUACCGACAGCUAAAGUUUCUGCUGGGGAGAAUUUCAAACAUGUCGGUUGCCUAG